GACCCCCGAUCUGACGGCUUUCAGUUCAGAUGCUGCCGUGUCCAAAAUCAUAUAAAAAUGUUUCAAGGUACUAAGACUGCCGUCGACUCUUGCGUAAAUGUGAACAGGGCGCGUAUUCAGACGAGAUCAGCAAGUUAUAUUGCCAUCAGAUUAACGUUAAGGGGUCCAUGUCUGAAAUAGGUGCCUUUACUGCAUUCUCAGUUAACGCGAGACUACAAACUGCCUACACACCGGAGUGUCGCGAGACUUGACCAGCUGUUUAGUCUGUUUUUUUAGACUGGUGCUGCUCGUCGGUCUACACGUGGGGAGGAGAGGCUGACUUUCCACAGGGACACGUUUGAAAACUCACAUAAUCAGUAUUGCCCUCAUCGUGGCGGCACCGAGGAUCCUGAAAUACCGUGUAGCUGUUAGUGUCCUGAGGAAAUGCCGCUGAGGUUUCGCUCUAUUGUGCCCUACACACUACCUGGAGUCCUUGCACUGAUUGGCUGGUGGUGGUACAUCUCGCGGAAGAAAGAGCGGCUAAUCAGCCAUGACAGCCCAGAGGGGGCUCCAACCGCUAUGGGCCUUAGAACAUCUCCAGCAGAGAGUAGCAAUGGUUUGGUUGAGAAAAGCGCUGUAUCCCCCACAAAUGACACAGAAAGCCCCUGCCACAGACCUCCACAGGCCAGUAACCUGAGAACAGAACAUGAAAAUAUUUCCCAGAUCCAUGUCCAGGGCACUGAGGCAGAACCUUCACUGAAACAAAGUUCCGAAGAAGCAGCCCCACACCUUGGCAGAAUAAGACAAGAGGAAGUCCAUAAACCCUCAGUCUCGACUCUACCUUCACCUGGCAAAGAAGACCACCUGCAGGUGUCACUGAAAGACCAUAAAGACCCAGAGAAAACCUCAACACCUGCCUUGGUAAAAGAGCUGGACAAACACCUAGUCAAAGCUCCAGCCUCUGCUCCAGAAGCCACAGUCGAAGAGGUCAUCCUGCCCUGCCAGUCUACCAAAGUCACCAGCUCCUGCCCCACAACAACACAUCGUUCUGAUGCAGAGAGGCCGGAGCCAGAAGGGGAAGUGGCAAAGCACCACAGCGCUGUUAACAUACAAGAUGAGAUGAUCGUUUGUGCAGUGACGCCAGCCAAAGUAAAGACAGUGAUUCCAUCAGAGGCUGACUCUUUAGAGACACCACCUUCAACGCAGGAUUUCCACCAACACAUUGUAACCAGCACACCUACCUCCCCAACCCCGACCUUCACAGCCCUGACAGCAGCCCAAGACUCCACCACCACAUCACAGGACAUCCAAGUACACAGUGGCAGCGGAGAGGAGCAGGAUCUGGAGCUUCUUGCAGCUGGACUCAUAAUUGAGGUCAUCUCGGCAGCCACCCAGGAGGUCCUCGGUGUCACCAGCUGCCAGGUCACAGACAACAGCCAGCCCAGCUGUAGUAGCGGUUCACCACUGGCUAGCAGCAGACUACGCUUCCAGCAGGAGACCAGCACAGCAGCACAGCAGCACCACCAUCUACUGACAAGCCCCUCUCAGAAAUGCUAUGAAUCCAGAGAGGCCGCAGAGGAACAAGAGCAAGGGAUACCUAAUGGAUGCUCCUUGGCUCCAGUAUGGGAGUCUGUUGAGGUCAGUCACAGGGUUCAUCAGACAAACCAUGCACAGAGAAGCCACUGGCUAACACCAUCGCACCAAGCAGCACAAAGUACUCCUUUGCAAAACACGAAACUGAAAGGUGAUGAAGGAGCUGCGCUGGCCGACGACUCAGCCUGCAGUACGUGCCACUCUGAGGACGGCAUCAGCAACGAGGAACUUCAGAACAGCAUGUUUGACAACCAAAUGGAUGUGAUCCAGGUUACAGACUUGUCAACAAGAGAAGCCACACAGCCUCAAUCACUGGUUGAGACCGCCACUGAGGCGUCCGUGUUGGCUGAGGAAAACUCAGUGGAUGCUGUGUGUGAGAUAAAGAGGCUUAAUGGAAUGGGCCUGAGGAAUGGAGCCCAUGGGACAUGUGAGGUGGAGACGGACCAGUCUGGAGGCUCUGAUGUGAACAGUAUGGACUCAGUGGAUAGCGGCUGCACUAUGGGUGCUGUGGAAAGCCAGAGCAACCAUGCUGCCUCCUCCAGCUCCGACCUCAUCAUCUGGGAGAUUGAGGUGCCAAAGCAUCUUGUCGGGCGGUUAAUAGGGAAGCAGGGAAGAUAUGUGAGUUUCCUGAAGCAGAACUCUGGCGCAAAGAUCUACAUCUCCACCCUGCCUUAUACACAGGAGUUCCAGAUCUGUCACAUAGAGGGUACGCAGCAGCAGGUUGACAAAGCCCUGUCCUUGAUUGGGAAGAAGUUUAAAGAUCUGGACUUGACCAACCUAUAUGCACCUCCGCCACCCCCACUCACAUUACCAUCACUUCCCAUGACCUCCUGGCUUCUGCUCCCCAGCGGAGUGACCGUUGAAGUGAUAGUGGUGAACAUCGUGUCAGCUGGUCAUGUCUUUGUCCAGCAGCACACCCAUCCCACCUACCACGCCCUGCGAAGCCUUGACCAGCAGAUGUUCCUCUGCUACUCCCAGCCAGGCACUCCCACCCUGCCCUCGCCCGCUGAAGUUGGUGUGAUCUGUGCAGCUCCAGCAGUGGAAGGAGCCUGGUGGAGAGCUCAGGUCAUCACCUUCUACAAGGAAACCAAUGAAGUGGAGAUCAGAUAUGUGGAUUAUGGAGGCUAUGACAGAGUUAAGAUCGACUCACUACGGCAAAUAAGGUCUGAUUUUGUAACGCUACCAUUUCAAGGUGCUGAAGUACUGCUCGACAACAUUGCCCCACUUCCAGGAGAGGAUCGCUUUUCACCAGAAGCCACAUCAGCGUUGGAGGAGAUGACCAGGGGAGUGGCACUGCUCGCACAGGUCUCAAACUACGAUAACAACACAGGCCUGCCGCUGGUCCACCUGUGGAAUAUGGUUGGAGAAGAGGUGAUUUCUGUUAACCGUACGCUGGCAGAGAGGGCCCUCUGUGUUUGGGUGGAUGGAUUUUGAACUCCUAACAUGCUCUGAUCACCCCCCCCCCCUCCUCCCCUUAAUCUCUUGCGAUCAGCAGUUUGGGACCCAGGUCAUGCUGGGCUCCCGGCCCCACCAGACACACCACUGGAUCUAAGAAGAUUGUUUUUCCUUUCAUUUCUUUUUUUUUGUCCUCUGUCCCCCCAUUCCUUUGAAAAGAAAUUAAAAAUUGUUUGCAGGCAUAAUCUACAAGAACAGCACUGCUUCGAAAUAAGACAACCUCCCCCCUCUUGGUCUUGUACACAAAAAUAACUUGCAGAAGGAAAGAGAGAGGUACUUGUAAAAAAAAUAAUAAUUUUUUAAAAUCUAUAUUGUAAUUAAAUAAAGGUCGAACCAAUAUUUUUCCUUCCCCAUCCUACCUUAAUUUUUGCUCUGGGCCUUUGCUCACUGACUGGAUCAUCAUGCUGUGUGGAAGGACAAACACCUCCAUCAGACUGGAGACAUUUCAACAGUCAGAGUUUCAUUGACACCUCAGCGAUAGUCGUCUGUAGGUCACUACUUUCAGAGUUAAUUCAGCAGAUUUUUGCAUGGAUAGAAUGUAGGUGGCAGAGGGUUACGGAGACUGACGGGUGCUAACGUGGCAGAGAGCAGAGGCUGGUCCCUGGUGGAGUACUGAGCACCCAGCUGGUCUGCCCGGCACUGCGGUCUCAAGAGACACGGACUUCUCUGGGGUCUCCGUCCAGAGCUGCUGCUGCACCUCCAACAAGAACAGAGGAGCGAGCGGGUUGCUUUUGCUCUACCUUUCUCCACCAACUUGCACUGAGUACAGAGGAAUUUCAACCUACCAGACAGAAUGCAGUUGAACAACUUUUCAAAUUGGAACUCUAAGUUGGGCAAGAUUCCUUUCAUAUUUCCAAGAUGCAUUUUUCUGUCAGUGAGGCAACAUAAGACUGACAGUGCAGAUCAUCACAUAGGGACCGUUUGUAAUCCUCAAAUUACAUCUGAUCUCUUUUUAAAGACUGACAUAACUGUAAAGAUCCACUCCAAUUUUGUGAUAGCAUCCCAAAAUGCCUAUAUUUAGUGCCCCCAAAGUCCCAAAAGCUGAUUAUUUUUUUCUUUUUGUUUUUUCAAUAAUUUGAGCACAAUAUAUUUCUUUUGCUCUCAAGAUAACAUUUUUUUUAAAAAGCUGGUAUAUGGAAACUGGUUAAACAUGUAAAUCUGAAGGGAAAUUAAGCUGCUAGUGAUUUACCAUUACCAAUAUUUAAUGUUGGUCAAAUAACUGAAUGUCUCAUGGGUGUCCUCUGUUUAAGUAAUUCCAAAGAAAUGAGGAUUUUCACUGUAAUUUGUGAGUUUCACUAUGAAGGCAGAGUGCCGCUGUUGUCCCACAAUGAGGGAACCACCAAACUCUCACUGAGAUGGGAAAGAAACACUACACAAUAUUUAAUUUGUAGAGCUGCUCUUCAGUGUCAACCUGAUAUUAACUGUUGAUUUGAAUCCAGUGUGUCAUUAGUAUGUAUGGUAAAGCAGCCCAGAAGCGCAGAUGUUCUGUGCUCUUCACUGUGCUGAAAGCCUCAGUGGUCUCUGUUAACCUGUCAGCAGGGCCUUGUUCUUUAAAUGUGGAUAAGGUGAUUCGACACACUGCGGGAUGUGCCACUUUGUCAAAGCUAUCUUAAAGUUGAUGUGGAUGAGUUGUCAUAGCAACAGGUUCUCAAACCUGAGAAAUGUCGAUAUAACUCGGGGUUUCAGGGACCUGUAUCAGCAAGCAAGUUCAACUUAAGCCUGGAUUCACUGAGCCUGACAGUGGUGAUCCUGAAAGCUGAUUUCACAAAGCUGGUGAUCAGUUAACUGUGUUGACUUCUUUAUUACAAACAUCAUCAGAGCCAUGAGUAUGGAAUACUUGAUAUGACAUGAGAUGAAACGAUGAUAUCAGUGGGGAGAUUUGGUUAUUGAGGCAGCAAAAGAAAUGUGUAAUUAUGACGACAACUUGAAUUCAAAUAUGACAUUAAGUCGAGGCUACAAAUACGUAUAGGUACGUCUUUUUGUGUGUGUGGCUUUUAAUGUAGUACAGAGUAAAUGCUUGUGCUUUCUCCUAAAGAUGAACAAAAUUCAUAAGUGUGAUUUACAUGAAACCUUAAAAAUAAUAAGACUGUUCUGCUGCCUGGGCAGAGAGGGAAAAAGAAGUCUACACCCGAUGAGCUUUCAAAAACUCUGUUUUAAACCUAGAAUGGAUGCAACAAAGUGAUUCUACUCAUCAGUUGUCACUUCACUGUAACCAUGUUAUGCCUCCGCAGCAGCGACAGCCAUGGCUGAAGGCAUUAUGUUUUCAGGUCGUCUGUAUGUCCUAUUUUAGUGAACGUGAUAUCUCAAGAACACCAUUAGGAAUUAUUAUUUAUUUAUUUUUUGUAAUUUUGGCAAAAAUGUCCACUUGGACUUGAUGAUGAACUGAAUAGAUUUUGGUGGUCAAAGGUCAUUGUGACCUUGCAUCUGUCAUUCUCGUGAAUGCAGUUAUCUAAAGAACACCUUGGGGGAAUUUCCUCAAAUUUGACACAAGCGUUCACGUGGACUCAAUGAACUGAUUUGGUCAAAGGUCAAGAUCAGUGUGUCCUCAAAAAACAUGUUUAUGGCCUAAACUCAAGAAUACAUUUACUUAUUAUGAUUUGGUCAGAUACUAAAUUGGUGACACAAAAUCUUGAAACUGGCGUGAUUGUAUAGCUUUUCUGUCGGGGGGAGAGAAGAUGUGUGUGAAGAUCCAUUUUUCACAGACAUGGAUGUAAACUAAGAGAAACUCGAUGGGUUCGUGGAGGCAUACAAACAUAAGGCAGUUAUUCUAGUUUUGAUGUCAGGAUGAUGACUUAUACUUUCCAAAGAUCUUCAGUCAGCAAAGGAGGUUGACAGCAGUGCAGCAUAUGUUACCAUGGUAAUAUCCCUAGGUUAAAAGUGAGCCAGCUUUGUGAUCCCGGAAAACCUGAAGCAAGCCACUAAUCUCACUGUGUGAUACAGGCCCCUGAUGGGAACUUUUUUCUUACUGAGAAUCAUCAACAUGUUAGUGUAAUUACACAUUCUCACAAAGGCUGGAUGUCUUUGUUCCAAAAAAAAAAAAAGAGCACAGUGUCACUCAAGAUAAUGUAAUCCGGCCUUUAAUAAGAUCACUUCUUUAAGUGUGUUUGACACACAGAGUCUGCUGGAUGAGACAAGAUCAUUUUAGCAGGCUAACAUCACAGUAGCCUGAGGGGGAUUUCAUAGAGAAGGAUCAUAAGAGAAGGGUUUGUUGUAAAAGGCCUAGCUUCAGUAAUCUUAACAAACCAGGAGUGAAUGUUCCUAAACCCAAAUCAUGACUAACGUGGUCAGAUUAAUUGAAACGUGGUUUAAGAACACAAACGUGAAGCACAGAUCACCUCCAUCCACAGUGAAGAAAACAGACGUGAAGAGAGAACUGGUAUAGGAACUUUGGAGUUUCUGUGAUAACUUAGAAAUUAUUAAACCUAUUUUGUUAAACUAAAAAAUAGGCCGAUUUACUCUAGUAACCCUGCUAAUAUUUUCUGAAACCACCCUUUGGAUUAGUAAAACUACAUUUGGAGAAUAAGGUCCCGCUGACUACGUGUUUCUCUUCAGUUAAAUCUUCAUCUGAAUGUGUCUUGUCACUGUGGUAUAGAUUUAUUUUUUCAGACACUGAAUCACAAUGUUUAUCCAGUGAUAUGGAAUCGGACCUUCCUGUGUUUGCACUUCAGUGUUUGAUUCAGCCUGAGGGGGCUGAAUGAACCCUGUAAGGCAUUCAUUUCCACUAUGACUGUAAUCUAAAUAACAUGUGUUUAAUAUUUUUAAAUUCAGUGUCUUUUCAAUGGAAAUGAAAUCACUGUUAUUCUAGCAAUAAGGCAGCUUUAUUUUUAAACUGACAGAAUGGGGAAAUGGUCUGGCUUUAAAGGGAUAGUUCGUUUUUGAAGUGGGAUUGUAUGAGGUACUUAUCCAUAGACAGUGUAUUACAUGCAGUAGAUGUCAGUUGGCAAGUUUUUCCAGUUUGGAUAAACAGGCUGGAGUCUUACAUGGAGGCUAAGCAAUGUACUGCUGUGGAGGGGUCGGCAACAAAAAAUAUUUUAACAAUCUAAAAAAAAACAGUCCCACCUUUAAAAUAAUCAGUAUCAGUUUAAGUGUACUCUAUGAUGGGAGUAUUUUCACUGCUUUACUUUAACAUCAGACAGUGUUUUCCAAUGGGGAAACAAAGCCAUUAUAUUGCUCCUUUCAAAGCCAGACUCCAUUGAGAAAAACUGAUUUAGUAUUGCUGAACACAGGAGCUGCUGGUCUACCACUGCCUCAAACAGUUUUUUGUGUGUUUUAAUGUGUGACUUUGGCGUCGAAAAGGGUGAGUGGGGAUUCAUCAGAGUCACACAAUAACACAAAUUAACUAAUUAAUAGGUCAUGGCAGUGGUAUACCAGCACCUCCUGUGUUCAGCUUGCUAAAAUUACUGCUUUUGUCAAUGUAGUGUGGUGGCUUUGACAAGAGCAUAGAUGGGGAACUGAAGCUGUUAGCUGUUAACUGUUAACGGUAAAGUGCUGAAAAUACUCAAAAUAUAGCGUACACUUAAACUUGUAUUGAAUUUUUUAGAUGGCAAAAAUCUGUUUUGUUGCCAUCCAGAUGGCUUUGUUUUGCAUUACUUAGCUUCCGUGUCAGACUCCAGUCUGCUUCUCCCAACUGGGGCCGUGCCAACCGCCAUCAACUGUAUUUGAUACACUGACUAUGGAUAAGUACCUCAUACAACCCCGCUUUAAAACAUCCCAACUAUCCCUUAAAGUGUUACAUUUGACACAACUAAGAAGUAGGAAAGCUAACUGCAUAACUGUUGUCAACAUGUAAAGAACACUACAACUCCUCAGUAAUACUUCAUUUUAAUAAUGUAUCUCAGGAAUGGUUUGCCUGAGGGCAGCUGAUGGAAGAAAUGGGCAUGAUUGUGCUUGACAGAGAAAAAUGAGAUGUAUAGGAAAUUAGGCAUUUUGACAAAUAAUUACAUGUGAGAUGUAGAAAUUCUUGAAGAAGGUGUCCUCAAGUUGGUGCUGGAAUUGGAGCAGUAGCCAUAUUGUCUGUUGCUGGCUUGUGUGCAUUAUUCCUCUGUGUUUCACAUGAACUGUCUGUCCUUCCUUUUUUAAAUCCAGAUAAUUAUAUUCCCCCCUGCUCUAAGACAACAAACCAGAAGCCCCUGACCACACCUUCAAGCAUCUGUUUGAUCAAACUAGUUUUGUUCAUUUCUCUGUAAAUAAGAUAUUUGACUGUACUUUUCUAUAACACUGGAGAGAAAGAGAUAUAAAGGGAACAUUUUUUUUUUUUUUUUUUGGUUUGGUUUGUUCUGGUUCAUCCUGCCUCUGUUUCAGUCACUCAAUGUUCUCAAGCUGUGGGACUGAUUUUUCAGUGUUUGCAUAGCUAGACAAGUCAUCAUUUGAUUAUUUAAAUGGGUGUGAAGCUCUUGUGCCCAAAAGCAUUUGACAUGUACAGAUCAGUUUUGCUAGGCUCAUGUUAAGUUUGAUUUGUUGAUUGUACAGGUCUAUUAGGGGAAAAAAAUAAAAGUUAUUGGAAGUGU